AUGGCGGCCCCACGCCCUCGCCCACCCCUCAUCCUCCUCCUCCUCCUCCUACCAAUCCCGCUCGCCUGCUCUUCAGCCACCGACCUUGCUGCCCUCCUCGCGCUCAAGGCCGCGGUCGCCCACGACCCCGGCGGCGUCCUCUCCGCUUGGUCCGCCGCCUCCACCACCAGCUACUGCCGCUGGCGAGGCGUCAAAUGCUACCCUUCCUCCUCGGUCGUCGCCGCCAUAGACCUCUCUGCUUCCUCCCUCUCGGGCACGCUCCCCGCUUCCCUGCCCCUUCCCCCGCGCCUCCGCCGCCUCGACCUCGACGGCAACAACUUCUCAGGGCCCAUUCCGAACGCCUUUCUCGCGUCCACCACCCUCCUCUACCUCGAUCUUAGCUUCAAUAGCCUGUCGGGGCCCCUCAGAAUCCCGCCCUCUCUCGCCAACUCCUCGUCGACCCCCUGCGCCGCGCUCACCGACCUCCGCCUCGCCGGCAACCUCCUCGUCAACAAUAUUCCCGCGGAGAUAGCGCAAUGCCGAUCCCUCCGCGUCCUCGACCUCUCACGCAACGUUCUGGAGGGCGCCAUCCCGCGGAGGCUCGGCCGCCUCGCCGCGCUCCGCGUCCUCGACGUCUCACGCAACAGCCUCACCGACAGGAUCCCGGUGGAGCUUGCCAGCUGCAGGAAGCUCGCUGUACUUGUGCUCACAAAUAUCACAGCGUCGCCUGGGGAGCAGCCGGAGUUCAAUGCCUUCGUUGGGGGACUGCCGACGGAAGUGCUGGCCAUCCCGGAACUGGCGGUUCUCUGGGCGCCUAGGGCCAACCUUGAUGGCCGGUUGCCAUUGUCCAGGAAUGGUACCUGCGGCCUUCUUGCUUUGAACCUGGGGCAGAACCACAUUAGUGAUGCUGUGCCCCGGUGGUUGGGGGAUUGUCAGGAUUUGACAUUUCUUGAUCUGAGCUCCAACAGCUUCGAGGGAUCAAUGCCGACAGAAUUGGCAAUUGGAUGUCUGACUUACCUUAAUGUCAGCGGAAACCAUCUGUCAGGACCGCUUCUAUCAUCUGAGGAGAGCAAAUGCUCGAGCCGUUUGAGCACUGAUGAUAUUGUAACGCAGUACUAUAAUGAAUUGGUUGGUAAUACCCUGAUUGGAAACCCUUUUGGUUCUGAGUUUGGGGGCAUUUCUAAUGUCACUCUCCAUGACUUCAGCAACAAUGGCUUUGGUGGGACGUUACCAUUUCUUACCUUGGGUCGACAUGGAAACUACUCUUAUGGCUUGUGGCUUAACGGCAAUAUGUUCAACACCACGCUUUCUGCUGGAUUUUUCGGAUUCUGCAAAGAUGCAACUGGCAUUGCAGUCAAUUUGAGUAGUAAUCAACUGUCAGGAAGUAUUGACAUGCUUUCAAGCUGUAUUACUAUUCACAAUUUCGAUGCUGGUUAUAACAAGUUCAGUGGGUCCAUACCUGCUGGAAUCGGUGCUCUGCAUUUGCUGAAGAGCUUGGUCCUGAAGGGUAAUAAUUUGACAGGUCAGGUUCCAGUGCAAUUUGGUGAUUUGGCUGCUUUGGAGGUGCUGGAUUUGUCAAGGAAUUAUCUGUCAGGCAGCAUACCAUUACAUUUAGCUGACGCUUCACACCUUGAAGUAUUGAGGCUUGACCAUAAUAGGCUAUCAGGAAGCAUCCCUUCCGGUUUCAAUGAACUAGCUCAGCUGACAAUUCUUGAUGUCUCAAUGAACAAUCUAUCAGGCGUCAUUCCUAAUCUUAGGCACCCUGCUGAUUGUGGUUUCUUCAUUGGCAAUUCCCUACUGUACCAAUGUUUCGGUACACAUGCAUCUCUACCGCCAACUGAAGCAAUCAAUUCCUCGAAAGGGGGUAGCCAAGUGACUAGAUUUAAGUCUCUAAUUGUGAUUUUAGUUGCAGCUGCUGCUGCUGUAAUAUCUUUCCUUCUUGUGACCCUUGUCUUCUUUGUGUGUGAAAGAAGGAAACGGGCAAAGAUUUCAAAUUUGAGGACACAAGUGGUUGUGACUUUCACUGAUGCACCUCCUGAGCUUACUUACGAAAGCCUCAUCCGAGCAACAAGCAACUUCAGCAUCCAGAACUUGAUUGGAACAGGUGGCUUUGGUGCCACCUACAAGGCUGAAUUGGCUCCAGGUUUUCUUGUAGCAGUGAAGAGGCUAGCCAUGGGGCGUUUCCAAGGUCUUCAGCAGUUUGAUGCAGAAAUCAGAACUCUUGGGAGAAUCCGACAUAGAAAUCUUGUUACACUUAUCGGGUACCAUCUCGGAGAAUCAGACACUUUCCUCAUCUACAACUACCUCUCUGGUGGGAACCUUGAGAAGUUCAUACAUGAAAUGGGUAACAGGAAGGUGACCUGGACUGAGGUCCACAAAAUAGCUGUGGAUGUUGCACAAGCAUUGGCUUUCCUUCACGGCUCCUGUACACCCCGGAUAAUUCAUAGAGACAUCAAACCGAGCAACAUCCUCCUUGAUGAGCAUCUUAACGCGUACUUGUCAGAUUUUGGUUUGGCGAGACUGAUAGAAGUUACACAAACACAUGCCACGACCGAUGUUGCUGGUACAUUUGGGUAUGUCGCGCCAGAGUAUGCAACCACCUGCAGAGUCUCUGACAAGGCUGAUGUUUACAGUUUUGGAGUUGUUCUCCUGGAGCUGAUGUCAGGCAAGAGGUCUUUGGAUCCCUCGUUCUCACAGUUUGGCAAUGGUUUUACAAUUGUAUCAUGGGGCCGGAUGCUGAUGCAGGAGGACAACACCAGUGAAUUUUUCUCCCGAGGACUACUGGAUACAGCACGAAAGGAUAGGUUAACUGAAAUGCUAAAUACUGCUUUAUCAUGUACUUCAGAGUCUGUAGCAGUUCGGCCAUCAAUGAGGCAGGUUGCAGCAAAGCUGAAGCAAUUGGGAAAUGACUGCUGA